UGAUAUCAGUAUCAAGAUAAAAGUGUGGAAUGGGAGAAAAAUUCUCAAAGCCUGAAAGAAAAUCUGGAGAUGCUGUUUUUCCAGCAGUUAAAAGAGAACUUAGCUUGUCUCUGUUUCUUGAUUCCUCUUCAAUUUCUGUUUGCAAACCAAGACUUGUGUUUGGAGAACUUUGUUGUACUGAGCCUAAGUCAUUUUUGAUCUAUAACGAGAACAUGCAUUUUCACAUGUCAACCGGAUUUGUGGACCAGUAAAGUUCUCCCCAAAGAGAUGGGAUCUCACUCUGUCAUCCAGUCUGGAAUAUAGUGGUGCAGUCAUAGCCCAUUGUAGCCUCCAUCUCAAGGACUCAAGAGAUCUUCCCUCCGAGGCCUCCCAAGUAGCUGGGAUUACAGGUAGUUACUUUUGGUGACAUUGUCCAGUUCCCACAAUGUAUCAUUCCUUAUCUGAAACUAGACAUCCUCUGCAGCCAGAAGAACAAGAAGUAGGCAUUGACCCCUUGUCCAGUUACUCUAACAAGUCUGGAGGAGAUUCAAAUAAAAAUGGAAGAAGAACAAGUUCUACUUUAGACUCUGAAGGGACUUUUAAUUCCUAUAGAAAAGAAUGGGAAGAACUAUUUGUAAACAACAAUUACUUGGCAACAAUAAGGCAGAAGGGGAUUAAUGGGCAGCUGAGAAGCAGCAGGUUCCGCAGCAUUUGCUGGAAGCUAUUUCUUUGUGUUCUUCCUCAAGACAAAAGUCAAUGGAUAAGUAGAAUUGAAGAAUUAAGAGCAUGGUAUAGCAACAUUAAAGAAAUACAUAUUACAAACCCAAGGAAGGUUGUUGGCCAACAAGAUUUGAUGAUCAAUAAUCCUCUUUCACAGGAUGAAGGGAGUCUUUGGAAUAAAUUCUUCCAGGAUAAAGAACUUCGAUCAAUGAUUGAACAAGAUGUCAAAAGAACGUUUCCUGAAAUGCAGUUUUUCCAACAAGAAAAUGUGAGAAAAAUUCUUACAGAUGUUCUUUUCUGUUAUGCCAGAGAAAAUGAGCAGUUGCUUUAUAAACAGGGUAUGCACGAGCUGUUAGCACCUAUAGUCUUUGUCCUUCACUGUGACCACCAAGCUUUUCUACAUGCCAGUGAGUCUGCACAGCCCAGUGAGGAAAUGAAAACUCUCUUGAACCCUGAGUAUCUGGAACAUGAUGCCUAUGCAGUGUUCUCACAACUUAUGGAAACUGCUGAACCUUGGUUUUCAACUUUUGAGCAUGAUGGUCAGAAGGGGAAAGAAACACUGAUGACUCCCAUUCCCUUUGCUAGACCACAAGAUUUAGGGCCAACAGUUGCUAUUGUUACUAAAGUCAACCAGAUCCAGGAUCAUCUACUGAAGAAGCAUGAUACUGAGCUUUACAUGCACUUGAACAGACUAGAAAUUGCACCACAGAUAUAUGGGUUAAGGUGGGUGCGGCUGCUGUUUGGACGAGAGUUCCCCCUGCAGGACCUUCUGGUGGUCUGGGAUGCCUUGUUUGCAGACGGCCUCAGCCUGGGUUUAGUAGACUAUAUCUUCAUAGCCAUGUUACUCUACAUCCGAGAUGCUUUGAUCUCUAGUAACUACCAGACCUGUCUCGGCCUUCUGAUGCAUUACCCAUUCAUCGGGGAUGUACACUCACUGAUUCUUAAGGCUCUGUUCCUUAGAGACCCAAAGAGAAAUCCAAGACCAGUGACUUAUCAAUUCCAUCCAAACUUAGAUUAUUACAAAGCACGAGGAGCCGACCUCAUGAAUAAAAGCCGGACCAAUGCCAAAGGUGCUCCCCUGAAUAUAAAUAAGGUGUCUAAUAGCCUGAUUAAUUUUGGAAGAAAGUUGAUUUCCCCAGCAAUGGCUCCAGGCAGUGCAGGUGGCCCUGUACCUGGAGGCAACAGCAGUAGCUCCUCCUCCGUUGUGAUUCCUACCAGGACCUCAGCAGAGGCCCCAAGGCAUCACUUGCAACAGCAACAGCAACAGCAACAGCAGCAGCAGAGGCUGAUGAAAUCAGAAAGCAUGCCUGUACAAUUGAACAAAGGGCAAAGUUCUAAAAACAUCAGUUCAUCUCCAAGUGUUGAGAGUUUGCCUGGAGGAAGAGAAUUCACUGGCUCCCCACCUUCAUCUGCUACUAAAAAAGAUUCCUUUUUUAGCAACAUCUCACGUUCCCGCUCACACAGCAAAACUAUGGGCAGAAAAGAAUCUGAAGAAGAAUUAGAAGCCCAAAUUUCCUUCCUUCAAGGACAGUUGAAUGACCUGGAUGCCAUGUGCAAAUACUGUGCAAAGGUGAUGGACACUCAUCUUGUAAAUAUUCAAGAUGUGAUAUUACAAGAAAAUUUGGAAAAAGAAGAUCAAAUUCUGGUUUCCCUGGCAGGAUUAAAACAGAUCAAAGACAUUCUAAAAGGUUCCCUGCGUUUUAACCAGAGCCAGCUAGAGGCUGAAGAGAACGAACAGAUCACCAUCGCAGACAACCACUACUGCUCCAGUGGCCAGGGCCAGGGCCGAGGCCAGGGCCAGAGUGAUCAAAUGUCUGGGGUCAUUAAACAGGCCUCUUCAGAAACGCCAGGGUGCACCGAUAGAGGGAGUUCCGAUGACUUCAUCCUGAUUUCCAAAGAAGAUGAUGGGAGCAGUGCCAGGGGCUCCUUCUCUGGCCAGGCCCAGCCUCUUCGCACCCUCAGAAGCUCCUCUGGGAAAAGCCAGGCCCUAGCCUGCUCCCCACUGGUGUUCUCAGAUCCGCUGAUGGGCCCAGCCUCAGCUUCCUCCAGCAACCCCAGCUCCAGCCCUGAUGACGACAGUAGCAAGGACUCUGGCUUCACCAUUGUGAGUCCCCUGGACAUCUGACCACAGUGCCCAGUCCUGCCCCACAGGGAUCCAGCCACCCUUUAGUGGCUCCAAGGCCAAACUGAGGCUCGCCCAGUGGAGACCCUUCUGAAACCACUCCUUCCUUCCCGGCAUGCAUUUGGCAUUGGUCCAGCCCUUUGAAACCCUUUAGAGAGAAGCAUAUAUGGCCACAAAGCACACAGGCCUAGGUUUGCCAAAUGCAGACAGGGCUUUCUGGGCCCUUACCUAACCCCUACCCGACUCUUGCUCUGAGUUAGAGCUGAGUUACAUACCCAGUAUCACACUCACAGUUAGAAAAGUAGAAACACUUUUCCUCUGUCCCUUCUUCCCAGCCAAGAAUGUGUGGCAACUCCAUCAGUUAUACUUAGAAGGAGGAGAAAUAGUUAUUUUCCUAUCUUCUGUCCCUCAAAGCAUCAGACAUAGGAAAACUGGUUUAUACCAAGAAAGCUUCCUCUGUGGAAAUCUGUCUCAGCCUACUUUAUUCCUGCAUUGGGAAGCCAUAUCGCAGAUCUAAAUGCGAUAGAAUGAACUAGAACUAGUGGAUUCCAGGGCUGGGGG